AUGGAACCGAUCAUCGACUAUGCCGCGGAGCAGCAUUGCGUUCUCUGUCGGAAUAAAAUACAGUUCUAUAGCAGCACUUGCCGCGAAUAUGAUGAGGGAGAUGACUUGGACAAAGUCGAGAACUGGGAGACAGCGGUGCUGGCUCUAGGCUUCACAGACCCCAAGACUAGUGGGGAUGCGAACACCAUCCCCCAUGUCUUCUUCUUCGAGGCUCAUAUAGUCUUUCUAGAAGCUGUUUACUGGACAAAUUCUAAUAUGCGCGUUUGUAUCGAACCUUGUGGAACUCCAAACACUGCUGGACCAAUCUUCUUCGUUCACUCCGCGUGCCGGGAGCUCGCCCAGAUGUCGGAGUCAAAGCCAUCAUCCGUCGACUUGUACAAUCUUGGUUUGCAACUAAGAGAAACCAUGCCCAGGGACUGCUUCAAGGCACUGAAUCCGUGGCACUUGGCUUCAUUUGCCAGUGGUAGCACCAUUGCGGACUCGGAAUGGAAAUCGUUGCUCAUGAAAUGUGCUCAGCUGCCCGCUGAAAUACAAGGCAGAAUCUUAUGCUACGCCAACGCAGAUAAAACCACAUUUUCAUUUUUGACAGGACUUACAACUUCCUCGCCUGGCAUUGUUUCUUCUUCGGCAGUAAGUCCGCAUCCUGAUAGUAUCCCUGACCUCAUGUCCAGCUUCAAUACGAAGUCUGUGUAUCUUUGUGGUUCCUUCAACAACAUAUUUGGCGUUGACUACUUGUGCCAUGUCGAAAGUCUCAACGCGCCUAUUCAUUGUGAAGCUUUGAGUCAUCGACGUGCCCGCAUCGAGGUCAACAUCGACCGAAUCCGCAGCAUAGAGUUUGUCCUUGGACCAGUCGGUAUUCUAGCUCUUCGAUUCCAUUCUACUGAUGGACCCAAAUCCUCUUGGCUAGGAAGCGCGGCGCAGGGAUGGCGCUGCGGACCGAUUGAUAUCACGCUCGAGGACAUUAACCUUCUGAAAAAUGGCCACAAGAAUGUUCUCAACCAGCUUGCCCAUGCAUACCAGAGGCAAUUUGGUGAUGUAGAGUACUAUUCUGAAGAGCUACUUCUAAGAGUUUUUUGGGAUGUCGCUCGAGACUUGCCUGGCUCAGGAGAGUCAUUUCUGGGUGAAAUGUACAAAGACGGACCGCCACAUUCCAGGGUGCUGAAUAGUUUCACGGCACAAGCGAUGUGUAGUUACUUGCCUUUACGAGAAAAUGGUGUUCCCGUCAAAGGCAUCACAGUGUACGCUUGCAGCAAAGGCACCAACAGCGUUAUUGUUCAUACGAGGAGCUCUGACCUGGAAGUUUCAGCAACUGGCCGACGAGGAACACCAACAUCUUUUUACUUCCGCGACGGCGAGGAGAUUGUAACGAUGGGACUGGCGGCUUUUGACGAUUAUACGGACCAGUCUUUUGACGAUUAUAUGGACCAGUCUGGCCCGUAUCUUAUGUUAGAGAACAAGCUCACAAUGUUUGGAGCUCACUGCGAGUCUAGGCAAUAUCCUGACAUACCAGAGAAAAUAGCGCCAUUGCCUGAGUGGCAGGUCACUCAUCCGGCCAUGCCAGAUAUAGUGGCUAAAAGCUGGUUGCCCGGUCAAGUAAAGAUGACAACAGCUGAACUGACCAAUAUCAAGCAGCUGAGGGUUCAAUAUCGACUGAUUAUGCCUGAAAACGCCCUGCGCUGUGCGGGAUUGUUGAUUCACCAUACUGAUGGGUCAAUUGAGAGUGUUGGAUGUUGGGACGGUUCUCUGACGAUACCGUCUGAGCUGAUUUACGAUUCUGAGACCGAUGGCGAGCUUUUUCGUCUAGUCUUCCAUAUGAAAUUCAGGCCAUAUCUGAACAAAGUCAACGAGGCCUCUUACUACAUGUCCAAAAUCGUCGCACAUGCUAGCCGCCUUCGAGUACAGCGAGUAGUUGAGUAUCCGAAUUACAUAGUAGAUGAUGAAGAAUUUGAACCUGAAGAAUCGGAACCCGAAGAUAUGGAAGACGAGGAAAUGGGAGACGAAGACGAUGACGAAGACGAAGAGGAAUACGAUGUUCCAGCCGAGAAAACAUUCGAUUGGGAUAUAAAUUCGCCGAAACUGUUCAUUACCUGGUGUUUUACUAAAAAGCUUGACCACAUUGCCGCUCGCAACUGUGAUAUGAGGUACGUCGUCAAGCUGGAUGAGGAUGAUGGAGAGCUAUGUAAGAUUGGGUGA